CGCUCCGCUCACUGUUCCUAGUGCUUCCACUUUCCUCAUGCCUUCGUGGCGGCGGGCUAGCUCUAAAUCUCCACUAAAUUUCAUAUAUCACCAUCUACUGUAAUAUAUAUAUAUAUAUACACACACACACACACACAUAUACAUACUAUACAUAGGACUACAGGAGUGUAUAUAUAAAUAAUUUUCAGUUAUACGGUCCUACUUGCGGGUAUAACGGUUAUUUUUUUAUCUCAGUUGUUCUUCCGGCCCUAUAUAUACCAAGCAUGCGUCUAGCUUUGUUUUUGCGCCAAAAGCAAUAGCCUCUGUCUCUCAUUAGUCGAUCGUGUGGGUGUGUGUGAGCGUCCAAUAUUAAUUCUCAUAUUCCCGCUAUGACAACACAGAUAGAGUGCUUCUGGGUAUUUGCUUUAGCUUCAAAAUGCAAAGCUUUCACUUCGUUAAACGUUUUGUGGUUCGGGUUUGUUGUGGGUUUGGUUUGGGUAGUGAUGAGCUUGCUUCACUGGGCUCACCCAGGUGGUCCAGCUUGGGGCAAGUAUAGGUUCAGGAAAGGUUUGGUGUCGGCUUCUAAGGGUAAUCCUAUUCCGGGUCCGAGAGGUGUACCUGUGAUAGGGAGCAUGGGGCUGAUGAGUGGUCUCGCGCACCACCGGAUUGCUGCCGCGGCCCAAAUAUGCCGAGCAAAGCGUUUAAUGGCAUUCAGUCUUGGUGAGACGAGAGUUAUUAUUACGUGUAAUCCAGAUGUAGCGAAAGAGAUCUUGAAUAGCUCUGUGUUUGCUGAUCGUCCGGUGAAGGAAUCAGCUUACAGCCUAAUGUUCAACAGAGCAAUUGGGUUCGCUCCUUACGGUGUUUACUGGCGAACCCUUCGAAGAAUCGCAGCCACACAUCUGUUUUGUCCGAAGCAAAUCAGAGCGUCCGAGUCACAGAGGUUUGACAUCGCGACUCAGAUGGUGGAAAUGUUCGGGGACCACAGAGGGUACAUAAGUGUUCGCGACGCACUGAAACGGGCCUCUCUCAACAACAUGAUGUGCUCUGUUUUCGGUCGAAAAUACAGACUUGAUUCUUGUAAUUACGAAACUGAUGAGCUGAGGAAGCUAGUAGACGAAGGGUACGAGCUUUUGGGCACACUCAACUGGUCCGACCACCUUCCAUGCGUAGCUGAUUUUGACCCACAAAAAAUCCGCUUCAGAUGCUCCGAACUCGUCCCCAAAGUGAACCGGUUCGUGGGUCAAAUCAUUUCCCAACACCGACUCCAAUCCAACAACAUAAACCGGGAUUUUGUCGACGUUUUGCUCUCCCUUGAAGGUCCCGACAAAUUAUCAGAGUCUGAUAUGAUCGCCGUUCUUUGGGAAAUGAUAUUCAGAGGAACUGACACGGUGGCGGUUCUGAUCGAGUGGGUACUAGCGAGGAUGGUUCUUCAUCCUGAUGUUCAAUCGAGGGUUCACGAUGAAUUAGACAAGGUUGUUGGGAGAUCACGUGCGGUAACGGAAUCUGAUAUAUCGGCGAUGGUGUAUCUACCAGCGGUGGUGAAGGAGGUUCUGAGGUUACACCCGCCGGGCCCACUACUGUCGUGGGCCCGGUUAGCCAUUACUGACACGAAGGUUGAUGGGUACCAAGUGCCGAGUGGGACCACGGCAAUGGUGAAUAUGUGGGCCAUCAUGCGGGACCCAGAGGUGUGGGCUGACCCACUGGCAUUUAAGCCCGAGAGAUUCCUGAAUAUGGAAGGGCAAGAAGUGGAGCUUUCAGUGUUCGGGUCGGAUAUGAGACUGGCACCGUUCGGGUCGGGUAGGAGGACUUGCCCCGGGAAGGCUUUGGGGUUGACCACGGUGAGCUUUUGGGUGGCGUCGCUGUUACACGAAUUCGAGUGGGGACCGUCGGACCGGAGUGGCGUGGACCUCUCGGAGGUUUUAAAGCUCUCGAGUGAGAUGGCGAAACCGCUCAAGGCAAAGGUGCGCCCUAGGCGUACGCCUACUUCAAUGUCUUAGUAAGUUGUGAUGUAAGACAAAAGGAAAAAAUGGAUUAAAAAAAAACAAAAAAGGGGGGAGGAAAAGUCACUCUUGAGAUGGGUACCAUCUCUAUAUAAAUGUCCUGUCUCUACUUCGUCUAUGCAAUGGUUGGUUUUUUUAUUUUCUUAAAGUCUUUUUUUUUUUUUUUUUCUUAACCCA